GCUGCUGCUGCUCAGACGGCAACAGCUCCGCCCGCCUCUCCGUCUCCCACCGCGUCUCUCUGUGUCUACCUGUCUCUCUGUCUGUCUCUACCUGCCUCCCCCCUCCCUCCAUCCCUCCCUCGUCCCUCUCCUCCCCCCUCUCGGUGCGGACAUGCUCCCGGGGCUCCGGAGAUGAGGCUCCGAAAUGUCUCCUUCCUGACGGUCUUGUUGUUUGGGCUGUGCGGGCUGGUCUCCCUGUCCUGGUACACCGCCUUCAGCAGCUCCAGAGGAGAUGUGGUGGAUAUUUAUCAGAGGGAGUUCCUGGCGUUGAGGGAGCGCCUCCACUCGGCCGAGCAGGAGAACCUGCGGCGCUCCAAAGAGCUGAAUCUGGUCCUGGAGGAGAUUAAGAGGGCCAUUGCUGAGAAACAGGCGCUCAGAGACAUCAACCGCACCUGGAGCAGCCUCUCCGAGGAGACGAGGCUGAAGCUGUGGAAUGUGAGCAGCAGUAAAAACGUCCUGCAGCUCCCCUCCAUCUUCCAUCAUCUUCCUCACCUGCUGAACAGAGAGGACAGCCUGCAGCCCGCCGUGCACCUGGGACAGGGACGCACCGGAGUCUCCAUCGUGAUGGGGGUUCCCAGUGUGAAGAGGGAGGUCCACUCGUACCUGACCGACACACUCAGCUCUCUGAUGUCAGAGCUCAGUCCCGCCGAGAAAGAAGACUGCGUCAUCGUCGUCCUCAUUGCAGAGGCUGACCAGCAGUACGCCAGCAGUGUAGCAGACAACCUGAAGCGCCUUUUUCCAGCAGAGAUUCAGUCGGGUCUGUUGGAGGUCGUCUCCCCGUCCGUCCACUUCUACCCCGACUUCUCUCGACUCCGAGAGUCCUUUGGAGACCCGAAGGAGAGAGUCAGGUGGAGGACGAAGCAGAACCUGGACUACUGUUUCCUGAUGAUGUACGCUCAGUCUAAAGGAACUUACUACGUCCAGCUGGAGGACGAUAUCGUUGCCCGUCCGAACUACUUCACCACCAUGAAGAACUUCGCGCUGCAGCAGCCGUCGGAGGAGUGGAUGAUCCUCGAGUUUUCUCAGCUCGGCUUCAUCGGUAAGAUGUUCAAGUCUCUGGACCUGUCACUCAUCGUGGAGUUCAUGCUGAUGUUCUACAAAGACAAACCCAUCGACUGGCUGCUGGACCACAUCAUGUGGGUCAAAGUGUGCAACCCAGAGAAGGAUGCGAAACACUGCGACAGGCAGAAAGCAAACCUGAGGAUUCGGUUCAAACCGUCUCUCUUCCAACAUGUCGGCACCCACUCGUCUCUGGCUGGAAAAAUACAGAAACUCAAGGAUAAGGACUUUGGGAAACAGACCCUCCAUAAGGGUCACGCCAACCCGCUGGCGGAGGUGACGACCAGCCUGAAGACCUACCAGCACUUCACCCUGGAGAAAGCCUACCUGGGGGAGGACUUCUUCUGGGCCUUCACCCCCGUAGCGGGGGACUUCAUACGGAUACGAUUCUUCACACCUGUUCGCAUCGAGAGGUAUUUCUUUCGGAGCGGGAACAUUGAACAUCCGGGAGACAAACUCUUCAACACAUCGGUGGAGGUUCUGCCGUUCGACAAUAUUCAGGCAGAGAAAGAGGCCUUGACAGAAGGGAGAGAGAAAACACCAAAGUACCAUCGGACAGAAGACGGAUUCAUCAGAAUAGGAACGUUCAAGAAUGGGAUCGCAGAGGGGGAGGUGGACCCCACCUUCGGGCCCCUGGAGGCCAUGCGCCUCUCAGUGUUGACGGACUCGCCGGUCUGGGUGAUCCUCAGCGAGAUCUUCAUAAAGAAAGCAGAGUGAAGCCCCUCUCCCCCCUCAGUGAUACCUCAACACCUCCGAGCGUUCAGCCGAGCUGACCGGAGGCUCGUCAGCUGCCGUCCUGCUCCAGUCCUGCUCACCAGAUUCACACCGCGGUGCCACAGCGCUGCCGUCUGGCCGGACCUCGCCACUGCAGGGCUGAACAGAUGAGAGACUGAAACACAGAUCACACAGACAGACAGACAGACAGGCAGGGGUCUCCUGGGUUUGCACAACACGACAUGCAAAAAGAGAAGAUGCUCUCAGAUGAUGCUGUAAUUAAGAAUCUGUAUUUAUGUGUACAUACAGGAAGGUAGAUGUUGAAAACACUGGUAAUUGUCGAGGCGGUGGCGACCGCGCCGCGUCCACUGAAACUGCUGCUUCAAAAUCAAAGACUCAAAGGCCUCUUUCUAUCUGCAGACGGUCGGUCCGGACCUUUCUACCAACACUAUCCCACCAGUAUACCCCCCCACAGUAACCAUGUAUGUGCAUAUAUGCAUAGAGAUGUACACACUAUCAUAUGAAUGCCCUCUCAGUGUGUUGAUAUGUGUCUGUAGUUGCUGGUCGGGGUUCAGACCGUUUCCCUCCAUCUGAGAGCGAUUUGCCUUAACGAAGACGAACAGCAGAUUUACUUCAAACAGAAACGAGCCCCGGACUGAUGAAAUGUAGCCACAAUAAGUACCCAGAAUCCUUUGCUGCAACCUUGGACCUUCUCUCAUCUUUGUGGCUUGAAACUACUGACAACAGCUGGUAUUUUACUUUUUUAACGAAGUCUUUUAAAGUUGUUUAAUUUUGAGUUUACUGAGGCCUUGUUACUGUCCACUGCUCUCCUCUACUUCACAGUACUCUAUUGUAGGUUACAGUACUCUACUGUACUGUACAGUACUUCACAGUACUCUACUGUAGGUUACAGUGUUGUAACAUACUCUACAGUAUUGUGACAUACUGUGCAGUACUCUAAUGUACCCACAGUACUCUAGUUUCCUCUGCUGUGCUCUGCAGCACUUUAAGGUACUUUACAAUACUGUGACAUACUCUGCAGUACUCUGACGUACCUUACAGUACUCUAAUGUACUUUGCAGUACUUCACAGUAAUCUGCUGUACUUUAGAGAGCUGUAACAUACUAUACAGUACUCUAAUGUACUCUACAGUAUGCUAGUUUCCUCUGCUGUGCUCUGUAGUACUCUAAGGUACUCUACAGUACUUAAAUGUACUUGACAGUACUCUCAUGUACUUUACAGUGCUGUAGUUUCCUCUGCUGUGCUCUGCAGUACUCUAAAGUACAUUACAGUACUUUACAGUACUCUGAUGUACUUUACAGUGCUAUGACAUACGAUACAGUACUCUCGUUUCCUCUGCUGUGCUCUGUUAACUUUACUGUACUGUAGUUUUUCAGUCCAGUGCAACAACAGAGAUCCACAUCUUUUCUUUUUUUCCAUUUUCAGUCUCUCAUUGACACUUUUGGUAAUAAAUACUAUAAAUUAUAAAAUACGUCAGAUGGUUUAAUUUUCAUUUCUCUGUAAAGACAGUGUCUUGUCUUGUCAUAUUAAUAUCAUCUGCUUCAGUCCACGUCUCCUGAUACUCUCUCAGAUUAUUAAUCUGUGCCCUUUUCACACUUGGUUUGUUCCCUCGGUUCAAUAAUUGGUGCCCUGAAAUUAUGUAAAUAAUUCAAAAUGAUGAGUCCACAUGUCCUCGUCCUCGUGUUGCUGUUAGGAUCAUGUGUGCAGAGAGAUGAUUAACCAGAUUUCAUAUCCUAUAGAAAAACCAGGAUAAGACUCAAAAUCAGGAAAGUAGUGUGCAUAUAAAUGCACUCAUAUAUUCAACAUGCAAGAAGGACCUGCUUCAAAUGUAGCCAGUUAAGCCAGCUUUUUUUGUGAAUUUCCCCUCAAAAAACAUUCACUUUCAACUAAAUUUAGCAAGAAAUACUGCCACCUUCAAAUCAACAAUUCAUUGUUGUGUUCUCAGCUCUGAAAACGCACCGAUUAUUAAUUUAAGGGAACAAACAAAGUGAGUCAAGAGGACAAAAUUACUCUUUUAAGGGAUCGAUUUAGUAAAACAUUUCCCCCCCAGCACCUCCCAGAGUCAGAAACUCAAAACUGGACUUCAUUCAUUCAUUCGGGGGUUCAGAUGGAAAACAGACCGAACACAAGUUUUCAUUUAGUUCAGAUUUGAAGUGAACAGAGCGUCUUCAAGCGUCAGGAAACAUCCCGAGUUUUCUUUUCUUUGUAAGAUGCACUGGAAUGCAUUGCUAUAAUCUUGUGUUUGUCUUUUGUAUCCUUUAGAUAAACUCUAUUUAAAUGAUCUUAAACUUCUAUCCAAUCUGUGACUUGUAAUAAAGACAGAAAUUUAAAUGA